AAACGAUACAGUAUGAAACCAACACCCUUUCAAGAUCAUAUUAUUGGUGCCUCUUCAUGCGCAUUGUCCGAUAUCGCACGUUUAAAGCUCGAGCAAUGAUCCGCUUCUUCCUGCUCCAGAACCGUCAGGGCAAGACGCGGCUGUCCAAGUGGUAUGUGCCGCCGCCCGAGGACCAGGAGAAGGCGCGUCUGGAGACCGAGAUUCACCGUCUUGUAGUCGCGCGUGACGCCAAACAUACCAACUUCAUCGAGUUCCGCAACUACAAGCUCAUCUACCGCCGCUACGCCGGGCUCUUCUUCAUUCUGGGUGUGGAUCUCACGGCUAACGAGCUGCUGGGUCUCGAAACAAUUCACCUCUUUGUCGAGCUGUUGGAUCAACAAUUCGCCAACGUCUGCGAGCUCGACAUCGUCUUCAACUUUAACAAGGUCUACUCCAUGCUGGACGAAUACAUUCUCGGAGGAGAGGUGCAAGAAACCUCCAAGCGCGAGAUGCUCGAUCGCAUCCGCGAACUAGAGAAGCUCGAGUAGAACUGCUUGGCAACUCUACUGCUCGGUACCAGAACAUCUGAGGUCGAUAAUAUCACUUCGUCUAUGC